AAUGGUAAAGAAGACGGGUUCUUUUUCCAAAUUUUAAAUAAACUACAUACGUAAAAUUUCAUACAGAAAUGAUAUCAUACAAAAAUGUAUUUUACAAUUUACUCAUUUUUUUCAAAAAAGAAUAUUCUGGAAAGAAAUUAUUGAAUCAACUUUGGUUUAGGGGCGAUGGCAAAAUUAUCGACCGAAGCGCUUCACUUGUCACUCGUGAGUUUGUGCGAGACUGUAGUGACAUAACGUGCUUUUAUUCUACAAUAAAUAAAAUGUCGAAAUACAGAAUUGUUAUGGUUCGCCAUGGCGAAAGUGAGUGGAAUCAAUUGAAUUUGUUUUGUGGAUGGUACGAUGCAGGUUUAUCCGAAAAAGGAAAGAACGAAGCUGCUGCAGCAGGAAAAGCAUUAAAGGAUGCUGGAUAUAAAUUCGAUUGUGCUCAUACUUCCGUGCUAACACGAGCACAAGUGACACUACAAUCUAUUCUCAAGGAAAUUGGCCAGGAAGGUAUUCCAAUUCAUAAAACUUGGCGCUUGAAUGAACGUCACUACGGAGGUUUAACGGGAAUGAAUAAAGCAGAAACUGCAGCAAAAUAUGGUGAAGAGCAAGUACAAAUUUGGAGGAGAUCUUUUGAUACUCCACCACCACCAAUGGAACCUGAUCACAAAUACUACGACAAUAUUGUCAAGGAUCCUAGAUAUGCUAACGGACCAAAACCCGAGGAAUUUCCCAAGUUUGAAUCCCUUAAAUUAACAAUUGAAAGAACUUUGCCUUAUUGGAACGAUACCAUUAUUCCACAACUUAAGGAAGGAAAGCAAAUUAUCAUUGCGGCUCAUGGAAACAGUUUACGAGGCAUUGUCAAGCAUCUUGAUCAAAUGAGCAACGACCAAAUUAUGGGAUUAAAUCUUCCAACUGGUAUUCCAUUUGUUUAUGAACUAGACGAAAAUUUUAAACCCGUUGUUUCAAUGAAAUUCCUUGGAGAUGAAGAGACUGUAAAAGCCGCCAUUGCAGCAGUUGCUGCGCAAGGAAAAGCUAAAUAAAAAUUUAUUUCAAAAUUAACGUAUUUGUAAAAAAGAAAUACCACUUUUAUCAUCGAGUGAUUCACUUAGCAGAAUUUAUGUAUUUUUAAUUUAUAAUAUUUAAUUUAUACAUUGUAAAAACUAAAAGUAAAAAUAUUGUUUUUCAUUGUCUAUCCUUUGAAAUUAAUGUUAAAAUUUACUUUCUUCAAUUCUUUAAAUUGUUCUGAUAAUGUAUAUAUAUAAUGUAAACUUGUAAAAUCGAAAUGUUACAAAUUAAAAACAUAUUAAAUGUUCAUUAUACAAAAUGUCGUUAUAAAAAAGUGGAAUGACAAAUAAAAAAUUACUUUAAAUGAAAAUUAAA